UUUCCUUCCUGUGACGUCGCGCUAGCUCCCGAUGCUACACGCGGGAAACAGGCGAAGUCUGGCCACACUGACAUAGAGCAUCAGUCAUCGCCUGUCACCAAGAUGGGAGACACACUGGAGUUCAACGAGAUUUACCAAGAAGUCAAAGGCUCCUGGAAUGACGGGCGUCUGCGUUUCAGCAAGCAGAACGUGGUGUAUAAGAGCAGCAAGACGGGCAAGGUGGACAAUAUCCCAGCUGGUGAGCUCAACUUGGCGCAGUGGAGACGGGUGUGUUUAGGUCACGGCAUCAAGCUGGCCACCAGCACUGGGCACGUCUACAAAUACGAUGGCUUCAGGGACACAGACUUUGAGAAGAUCUCAGAGUUUUUCAAGGCAAACUACAAGGUGGAGCUGACAGAGAAGGACCUGUGUGUCAAGGGCUGGAAUUGGGGCACAGCCAAAUUCUCAGGUCCACUGUUGUCAUUUGACAUCAAUGACAGCACGGCGUUUGAGAUCCCGCUGUCCAGUGUGUCCCAGUGUGCCACAGGGAAGAAUGAGGUCACUCUGGAGUUUCACCAGAACGAUGAUGCAGAGGUUUCCCUCAUGGAGGUCCGCUUCUAUGUCCCGCCCGGCCAGGCUGAUGAAGGACAGGACCCUGUGGAGGCAUUUGCCCAGAACGUGCUCUCCAAGGCAGACGUCAUCCAGGCCACAGGAGAUGCUGUGUGUAUCUUCAAAGAGCUGCAGUGUCUCACACCCAGAGGAAGAUACGACAUCCGUAUCUACCCAACCUUCCUUCACCUCCACGGUAAGACGUUUGACUACAAGAUUCCCUACACUACUGUCCUCCGCCUGUUCCUGCUGCCACACAAGGACCAGAGGCAGAUGUUCUUUGUGAUCAGUCUGGAUCCUCCCAUCAAGCAGGGUCAGACACGGUACCACUUCCUCAUUCUGCUCUUCUCCAAGGAGGAGGACAUCAGCCUCACCCUCAACAUGAGCGAGGAGGAUGUGGAGCGCCGUUUUGAGGGCAAGCUGAGCAAGAAUAUGUCGGGCUCUCUCUAUGAAAUGGUCAGCAGGGUGAUGAAGGCCCUGGUCAACCGCAAGAUCACUGUGCCCGGAAAUUUCCAGGGCCACUCUGGGGCUCAGUGCAUCACCUGCUCUUACAAGGCCUCCUCCGGCCUCCUGUACCCCCUGGAGAGGGGCUUCAUCUAUGUACACAAGCCCCCCGUGCAUUUGCGCUUUGAGGAGAUUUCUUGUGUCAACUUUGCCCGAGGCACCACCACCACGCGCUCCUUUGACUUCGAGAUCGAGACCAAGCAGGGCAACCAGUACACCUUCAGCAGCAUCGAGAGGGAAGAGUACGGCAAACUGUUUGACUUCGUUAACGCCAAGAAGCUCAACAUCAAGAACAGAGGAUUUAAAGAGAAGAAGGGCAUGAAGGGUAACAAUGACGAGUACAGCGACUCUGACGACGACCAGCACGAUGCCUACCUGGAGAGGAUGAAGGCCGAAGGCAAGAUCAGGGAGGAGGGCAACGACAGCGACGAAUCAGAUGCUGAGAGCGAUGAGUCUUUCAACCCUGGAGAGGAGGAUGAUGACAUUGCAGAAGAGUACGACAGCAACGCCUCAGAGAGCAACAGCAGCGAAGGUGGGGACGACAGUGAGGAGGACAACAGGAAGAAGAAAAAGGCCAAGAAAGCCAAAGUCGUGAAGGAGAGGAAAGAGAGGAAACCACGUAAAGAGAAGAAGCAGAAGGACACUGGCGGCCCCAAGAGGCCGAUGAGCGCGUACAUGCUGUGGCUGAACUCCAGCCGCGAGCGCAUCAAGUCGGAGAACCCGGGCAUCUCCGUCACGGAGAUCUCCAAGAAGGCCGGAGAGAUGUGGAGGCAGCUGGGCAAGGACGAGAAGGAGGAGUGGGAAUCAAAGGCAGGGGAGGCAAAGAAGCAGUAUGACAAAGCCAAGAAAGAGUACAACGAGAGCGGUGGAGGAUCUUCUGCCGCUUCCAAGAAGGAUAGCAAGAAGAAGGGAGGCAAGAAGGAGGAGAAGAAGAGGAAGUCUGCCGGCGGAGACAAGGACAGGGAGCGAGGAGGCGGCAACGACAGCUUCAAGAGCCGAGAGUUCAUCGAGACCAGCGAGGAGAGCUCCUCAGACUCCGACCGCAAGAGCAAGUCCAAAAGCAAGAAGAAGAAGAAGGAAUCAGAGGACGAGGAGGAAGAGGUCUUGUCCACACCCCCCAGCUCAGAGGAAUCUGACUAAACACACACACUCUCAUCCAUCACAUACACUGCAAUCAAGGACCAAGCAUUUGUACUCCUUUAUGUGCAUAUCACAGACAAAUGGACUGAAAAACAAACCAACGGACUUGAGCUGUAUGUUGUUUUUUUUUGUUCUGUUUUGUUUUGUUUUUUUUCCCUCCCUCUCUACAAUAUAUAAGAGUACGGAUUCACAUCUUACGGCUAACUCUCAAAACAGAAAUGGUAAUAUUUGAUAUUUCAGAUAGGUUUUCCUACUGAAAGUUGAGUGAUUUGGUGGUAUACAGGUGGACGAUAUCUUCCAUAAUUAUUAAGGGGCUUUCAUCUCACCCGUGGCAGUGGUUUGGAGUUUUACAGCACUCAGGAGCACGGGAGUUAUUCGUUGGUUAUUGUGGACGGGGAAGGGAGGGUCAGUGAAUAGCAUUUUUUUUUUUUUUUUUCCCCUGUGUAGAGAAUUUUAAAGCCGCAGUUCAGUGUGUUUUAUUUUGUUAUGUCAUUUUCAGGAUGAAUAAAUAAAUGAAUCUUUUGU